GUUUGUUUUAUUAUUAUUAUUUUCAAUUAAAUGAAGUAAAAGGAAAACGAAGAACCUAUUUUUCAUUAGUUUUUCCCGUCCGGUUUUUCCUGCGACUGCUCUCCCCGCCUCUGGUCUCCAAUCGGCUCCAACUCCAACCGGACGGCAAGUCGGCGACCAAGCGACGGCCUCAUUUCCUCAGACGGCUUCUUCUCAUCUUCUUCCGUUCCCUUCACUCUUUCCUUAGACCCUUUUUUCAACCCUAACUGCUCACUCGAGUGGCCAGUCGCCAGCUCCAGCUCCAAGCUCCAAGCUCCAAGAGUGAAUGGGAAAGUGGAAGUGUGGAAGUGGAACUAUGGAGGAUGGCCGCGCCUAAGAAGUACUUUCUUCUUCCGUUUCCACACAACACCACUUCAGUUUAGAUGGUAGAGACAGAGGAAGAUACUACAUUGUUUAUGAACCUUGCUAUAGAGCAGGCAAAGCUUGCCUUGGACAGCCUUGAAGUACCUGUUGGUUGUGUUAUUGUCGAGGAUCAUGCAGUCAUUGCUUCAGGGAGAAAUCGAACCACUGAGACAAGAAAUGCUACCAGACAUGCAGAGAUGGAAGCAAUUGAUAUGCUACUUGAGCAGUGGCAGAAAGAUGAACUUUCAAAGGAAGAAGUUGCUUCGAAAUUCUCAAGAUGCACUCUUUAUGUUACAUGUGAACCAUGUAUAAUGUGUGCAGCAGCUUUAUCUAUAAUUGGCAUAAAAGAAGUAUAUUACGGCUGUGCAAAUGAUAAAUUUGGAGGGUGUGGGUCAAUUUUGUCCUUGCAUACGAAUAGCUCUGAAAAUCUCAAUAGUGGAGUUUCGAAAAAGGGUUUCAAGUGUACUGGAGGAGUAAUGGCAUCAGAAGCAGUCAAUCUUUUAAGAAGCUUCUAUGAACAAGGAAAUCCCAAUGCCCCAAAGCCUCACAGAAAGCCAAUGCAAGGGGUCUAAAUGGAUUGAUUCCAGUCCCAGAGGUGCUGUGAUGGAGAAUGUAACCUGUUUAUGCAACUUUAAAUUUGGGUCGGGUCUGAAGGAUCAAAAUUGCAGUGCCUUUGAACUGGUCCUGUUCUUAUGCUAUGGCGUCCAAAAUCUAGCUUAGAAAAGAUCACUUGUUUCAGGUUGAGAAACUGAAUGUGAAUCUGGGAUCAGAUGCUUUUGGAGGCAGCAUUCAUACAUUUGAAUUCUUUUGAUUUCUCAUGUUGAAAUAUAGGACGUAGUUUCUUGUUUUAUACUUCACUCAUCUUAAAUUAUUACGCCCUUUGUGUAACAUGAACAACAUAUAGCAUCUAUGUACCUUUGAGAGAAAUAACUUUUAAACGCUACAUAUGUCGUCUUUUUGUAUUUU